UGUUAUGCAUUUUCAGUAGUCAUUAUUUAGUACAAUAUAUGUAGGUUGCGCUCUAUAUUUUAAUUUCAUCAAUAGGAAUUCCAAAACAUGUAUUGAUAUUUAAUGUACGAAUUCAAAAUGCGGAUGAAUUUUCGGGUUUAUUUAUUUAGGCGGAAGCAAAAAAGUGAACAAAAUGGCUUUCACCAAAACAUGAGAGGUAGAGAGAGUAAAUUAAUGUAAAACAGUAAAUGUAGCCCUGUUGACAUGGAGAACAAGAUGUUAUCUUCAGCGGUAUUCUUCCUUGCAUUCGCCUGUACUACUGUCACAGGGUUGAUUUGCCUUUGUGAAGAUGAAAUGUGUCCUAACAACAAGACCUGCAUUACAGAUGGGGCGUGUUUUACCUCUAUAUACAGAUACAAGGGGAAAAAGGUGUACAAGUUCAAUUGCAUAGAUAACUCGGAGAGCUUGACACCAGGAGCGCCAUAUUUAUGUCAGAAUACAAGAGUUAACUCCCUUACCUACUCUCACUGCUGUUAUACUGACAUGUGUAACAGAUAUUUGUCACCCACCUUAAAGACAGUGACAGUUAAGGAAGAAAAAGGUGACAGCGGUAAGACAGAACUUGGAAUCUGGGAGUUGGUAGCCGUGACAGCUGGCCCAGUUGUCCUGCUGUGUGUUGUGUUUGUUGCCAUUUUCAUUAUGUACCACCGGUAUCAGCAUAAGAAACAGGCACUGUUCCAUGCGGUGGAACCAAACCCUAUUGACACUCCAUUGUUGCCGGAUGGACAGCCAAGCACCCUGACUGAGAUGAUGUUUGAUUAUUCAGGGUCAGGCUCAGGUCUACCAUUGCUGGUGCAAAGAACUAUUGCACGCCAGAUCCAGCUUGUGGAAAUUCUUGGGAAGGGACGUUAUGGUGAGGUAUGGAUGGGGAAGUGGAAAGGAGAGAGCGUAGCAGUUAAGAUAUUUUCAUCACGAGAUGAGAGGUCUUGGUUCCGAGAGGCAGAAAUAUAUCAGACUGUGAUGUUACGUCAUGAAAAUAUCCUCGGUUUCAUUGCUGCUGAUAACAAAGAUAAUGGAACCUGGACCCAAUUGUGGCUGGUAACCGACCACCAUGAACAGGGAUCACUGUAUGACUACCUGAACAGGACGCCAGUCAGUCCUCAAGCAAUGGUUAAAAUGUCCAUGUCCAUAGCCUGUGGUCUUGCACACUUACACACUGAAAUCAUGGGCACACAAGGAAAGCCUGCCAUUGCCCACAGAGAUUUAAAGAGUAAAAAUAUAUUAGUAAAAAACAACGGCCAGUGUUGUAUUGCAGAUCUGGGAUUAGCUGUACGCCAUGAUUCUGCCAAGGAUGCUGUGGACAUCGCCCCAAAUAAUCGUGUUGGUACGAAACGUUACAUGGCACCAGAAGUCCUCGAUGAAACUAUAAAUAUGAAUCACUUUGAGUCUUUCAAGCGUGCCGAUGUUUACUCAUUUGGCUUGGUGCUGUGGGAGAUCGCCAGAAGGUGUUCUAUUGGGGGUAUAUUUGAAGAUUACCAACAGCCAUACUAUAACAUGGUACCUGCAGACCCAUAUUUAGAGGAGAUGAAGAAAGUUGUAUGUAUAGAGAAACGGCGACCUGAUAUACCAAAUAGGUGGCAGGGUCAUGAGGCAUUGCGGGUUAUGGCUAGAAUCAUGAAGGAAUGCUGGUACCACAACGCUGCUGCACGUCUAACAGCGUUACGCAUCAAAAAGACACUUAGCAGUCUCAGUACGCAAAGUGACGUUAAAUUGAUUGCUGAAACAGGGCUCGAACCUGUUUAAUUACCUCUGAUACUUUUAUAAUAAUUUUUUUCGUUGCCAUGGAGUCCAGUCUGUUUAGUGUUUAGUUACCAUGGAAACAUUUGCUUCACUUGCCCUCAGAAAAUUUUGCUUUUUUUACAUUGCUGGAGUUGAAUUAACAUGGAAGCAAUCGAACAUCGGUGUAGUUUCAGACCGGUGAUUUGUUGAAAGGGAUUGUGGGAGAUGUUGUGUAGAGAAUUGAAACUGAAAAGAGGUUGGGAAGAUGGGUUGGAAUACAAUAGCAUAGAUUUUCUCAAACAUCAGUCAGGAAUGUGUUCUAGAGAUCAGUGAACAGUUCAAAUUAACUGAGUUGUUGGAUAAAUCCUACCUUAAUAGGGAGACUGUUUAUUAUAUCAUUGGACAGCUUAGCAGGAUACAAGUUUUUAAUACCUUGAAAUGUUUUGCACUAAGAGGAUGAAUGGUGACAUUUUGCGAUUUGAUUUACAGAACUUCAGCUCCAGACCCCUCUAUCAUAGUUUAAUUGUUUGCACAUUGUCAGAAAACUGUGUUGCAAAUUAAAAAUAUCUGGGGUUUUUUAUUACUAUUGCAUCAUAGCUAAUAUCAUUGUGACAUAUUUUCUUUCAUUUGUGUGGAUCACAAUGCUUUAUGAACAAUUUGGAUUGUAUUAAAAAUGCAUCCAUUAUUUAGUGUCAGUAUUGUUAACUCAUUUAUGUGUUUAGUGCUUUAAAAGUACACAAAUCA